GACUCGUUGAGCCCAACUCGCUCUCGUUCUCGCUCCUUCGCCCAUGGCGUUCUCCCCGAGGGCGUCGUCUUCGUCCUCCCGCGGCCGCCACGGUCGGCGCUCCGAUCUUUACUCUACUGUCGUUAUCCAUGGAGACGACGACGGCGGAUCCGAACCGGAUACCGCCGCCGGGGACGACGACGAAGAGGAGGAAGCCUCUUCCCUCCCUCCCCUCCUCCAGCGCGUUCCCAAGGACUUCGGCGCCGCCGUCGACGACGACGACGACGAGGACGAAGGCGGCGAUUUCUCUGGCACAUUCAUCGUGAAGCGCGAUUCGCUGCUGUCUCACUCCCCCACCGCCCGCCGCACCCUCCGGUCACCGUUCUUGGAUCUGAAACGUGCCAGCCCUAGGAGCAAGGGGGGCGAACAGGACGAUCCUUACUCCACGUUCUUGAUCCGUUCUACAUCGAGGGAAUCGAGCCUGAGUGAGUCCGUGUCGGGGACCGUCGUCCGCAGGACGGGCGGCGGUGGAGGUGGGUUUGGGUCACCGUUUACGAGCGGGGCGGUGGAGGAAUUGAGAAUGGGGGAGGGAGGAGGCUUUAGACAAUCCCAAUGGGAGGAGGGGAAACAGCAACAUCAGCAGCAGCAGUCCCAGAGGAGGAAGGCGUCCGUGAGUUCGGUGCCUGAUAGCGUUGCCAGGGAGGAUCCUUCAUCCAAGUAUGAAUUGCUCCAUGAGCUAGGCAAAGGUUCUUAUGGUGCAGUGUACAAAGCUAGGGAUUUAAAGACUUCAGAGCUUGUUGCAGUCAAAGUGAUAUCCUUGACUGAAGGGGAAGAGGGUUAUGAAGAUAUCCGUGGAGAAAUUGAAAUGCUGCAACAAUGUAGUCAUCCAAAUGUUGUCCGCUAUUUUGGGAGCUACCAGGGAGAGGAAUACCUAUGGAUAAUAAUGGAAUAUUGUGGUGGAGGAAGCAUUGCUGAUUUGAUGAAUACUACAGAGGAGCCUCUAGAUGAGAACCAAAUCGCAUAUAUAUGUCGAGAAGCUUUAAAGGGGCUUUCAUAUUUACACUCAAUUUUUAAGGUCCAUAGGGACAUUAAGGGUGGCAAUAUUUUGCUUACGGAGCAAGGAGAGGUAAAGUUGGGUGAUUUUGGUGUUGCUGCCCAACUUACAAGAACGAUGUCAAAACGCAACACGAUUAUUGGCACUCCACAUUGGAUGGCUCCAGAAGUUAUUCAAGAAAGUCGUUAUGAUGGAAAGGUAGAUGUUUGGGCUCUUGGUGUGACAGCAAUCGAAAUGGCGGAGGGGCUACCUCCAAGAUAUGCGGUGCAUCCAAUGAGAGUGCUAUUUAUGAUUUCUGGUGAACCUGCUCCAAUGCUUGAGGACAAAGAAAAAUGGUCACUUCUUUUCCAUGAUUUUAUUGCCAAGUGCUUGACAAAAGAUCCCCGGUUACGCCCUACUGCAACUGAGAUGUUGAAGCACAAGUUCAUUGAAAAAUGUAACUGGGGAGCUUCAAAGAUGUUGCCUAAGAUAAAAAAAUCAAGGCAAAUUAGGGCAGCAAUGGCUGCACAGACACAGAAUCAGCAAUCAGGAAGUGAAAGUCAGGUAGCGCAGGGAAUAACUACACAGAUUAAUGAACACUAUGGAGAUACUGUUCCUUCAAGGCCUAAGAGUUACCCACUUAAUGAGGAUGGUGUUUUAGGGAAGUCUGAAAUAGGCCAUAGCACCGAACCUGAUACAGGUGAAUUUGGUACCAUCAUAGUCCAUCAUGAAGUUGGAGUCAGUGAUGAAAUUAUUGAAUCCCCUAUCUCUACGAAACCAGAAUUCAUUUCUGGACUUGGUGACAUCAGUUCUUUUACUCAUGAUCCAAGGAGAGACAGACCCAUAGAUUUCUGGGUGGAAAACUUGAGUGGGACGCUUGUUGCCAAAAAGACUGAUACAGAGGAGAAGCCUGAUUCCCAGGCAAUACAGGAACAGUUGGCGCCGUCAUUUGGCUUUCCUGAGGAGAUAGCACAUUCAGAUGAGCAACACAGCUUAGUCAACAAUGCUGCAAUUCCUGCCAGUAAAGCUAAGCGUAGCACCUUGAAAAGUGCAAGUAUUAGCCGUAAAGCCUUUUCAGUACAAGAUAAGAUCCGGUCUAUCUAUGCUGCUGGCAACACAGUACCCAUUCCUUUUCUCAAGGCAACCGACAUAUCUCCUCUUGCACUUGUUUCGGAGAAUGUAGUGGGGGAUAGCAUGCAGGAAUCAAGUGGCCAUGCUGCCUUGGAGGCAGUGAAAGAACUUUUCAGUGGUGAUGGACAAUCUAAAAAAGGACGCAAAGGGCAAAAUGAGAUCCAGCUUCCUCCAGGGGUACAUCAGAGAUUGACUACAAGUCCAACAUUGAUGAAUCUAGCUCAGGCUUUAGCUUAUCAUAAAAGGUGCUAUGAGGAUAUGCCUCUCCAAGAGCUUCAAGCAGCACAAGAAAAGCAGACUAUUCAAAACCUUUGUGAGACGCUCCGUACAAUUCUGAGGCUAUAGACAGUGACCUCAGGAUCGAGUCAGCAAAGAGGAGGAAAAAGCAAGUUAAAAAGCAGGAAGGGGUGAGUGCAGUGGUCGAUAGUCGUUACUGGUAAAUAACUGCCUAUGUUAGGAAAGGUGCAUUCUUUGGAAGUAACUUUUGGAAAUGAGCUGCACCUUAACGAGAAUAGUAUAAAUUAUGUCAACAUGUCAUGUUUGCCCAUCCAUUUUUCCCUCCGAAUUGUCUUUGUUAAUCAUAUUUAUUGCUAAAAAUCAUCUCCCCUCAUCUCUUAUUUCUUUUUUGUUUGUUUCCUUAGUGACAACCUCAAAUAGACCGUUGUAAAGCACAAUGCAUGUGUCAAGGUGCUCGAUCAAAAAAUGAGCAUGCAAAUCUUGACAGCUAAAGCAAUGCUGUCAAGAUUUCUUUUA